AUGGCGGCUCUGGCUCCAAACUCGGCUGCGGCGGCGUCCACAUCGCAGCCCAGCGACGCUUCCACCCCCUACGUCUCGAAAUGGUCCUCUCGCUAUCGCGGCGCCACCGUAGAAGACCUUGACCCCCCGGCCGCCCUCUCCUUCACCCCAACCGACCCCAUCUCCCACGCCCUCAUGUCGGCCUUCGAGCGCGACUACACUCACUUGACCGUUGUCGAUGCCCACCGCGCCCUUGUCGGCUACCUCUCCAUCCCGCACCUCCAGGCUCUGCUCGACGCUGGCAAGGUCUCGCCCUCGGAUCCGCUUUCCAAGGCUAUGGUACGGUUCCAGCGCAAGGGGCGCAAGUACCGCGUCAUCUCGAUGCAGACUCCGCUGGAGGAGCUCGAGGCCUUCUUCGAGGGCGACGGCGUCGAGGGGAGGAAGAGUCACUUCGCUGUAAUUACGGACGAGAAGAGGCGCUUCGUGCUAGGCGUCGCAACGGUGGAGGACUUGCAGGAGUUCGUCAAGAGGAGGCCGGCGUGA